AUGAACAAACCCUAUGAAAAGUGGUUCUUAAGUGCUUAUUUAAACAGCAAAUUAGGAAGAUUUAAAAUGAGAACACAAAUUUUAAUUAUAAAUGGCAUUAUUUUAGCUAUAAUUAUACCUUGCCUUUUAAUAGCACAGACUAUAAAUAUGCAAUAUGUAUAACAAAUUCUUAAUGAUGCAUUAAAAAGAAAUUCAAUUUAUGAAAUGUCGAAGCAUUUAAGUAGUGCUUCAUUGGCAAUGAAUCAUCAACUGAACUCAGUCUUUAUAAGAUGUAAAAUCCUACUAUAAAUUUUAGCAUAGAUAACCUUGACUAACCUUAAUUAACUGUAUUGGCUGUAAUUAAAUAAUGAUAUAGUCACAAAUUAGUAACUUUCUCGAACAUGUGAUUAUAUUCACAAACAUACACCCUUAGAAAAUAAAUUUUCCAUCAUUUGCUUUGUAAGAUUUGGAUUAGAAUACAAUGAAUAGACUCCUGAUUUAAAUGGAGAUAUAAACCAACCUCUUUAAGGUAUAACUAAUUUAGUGAGCUCAACAAUUUUGAGUAUAAUGAGAUUAAACGAUGAGUAUUUACCAAAUUAAAUUUAUUUUGUCUCAUCCAUAAAUUCAGUGUAAUAUGGUUUUUUAUAUCCUUAAGUUGUUUUAUAACCAAAUUUCAAUCCAAAAGAGAGAGCAUGGUAUUAAUCACACUUCAAAAACUUAGAAAAAGAUAAAAAUAAUAAUACUUAAUUAACUGAUAUUUAUAAGUAUUUUGAUAUUCAACCGAUAUAUUCAAUGACUAUGACUCAAUCAAUGUUGAACCUGAAUAAGGAAGUAGAAGGAAUAUUUUGUUCAGACUUGAUUUUCAAAAAUAGCUUUAUCCCAAAGUUAAAUAUCAAUAUUAUGAUUGUAAACUUAAAUGGAACUUUAAUAUUGACUAAUUAUAAAAAUAUUGCUGUUACAAAUUCGUCAAUAUUAACAAGGAUUGAUGAUGAAGAAAUCACAGGAUUUACAAAUGAUGAUUGGAAUUCUAUUUUGAAUUAUUACUAUAAUAAAAAGUUGAAUUCUACUUGCAAAUAUCAAAACUUAGAUAUUCUAUGUAGGUUUAAUAGCAUUUAUAAUAAAGAUGUUGUAAUUAAAAUUGUGAAGUUAAAGAAUAUCAACUAUUUCCUUAUACUUUUUUAUGAUCUUUAAAUUGAAUAAGAAAUUGAAUCUAAAAUCGAUUUUCUCUUACAAACCUUUAAUAAUGAUUUCCAAAAUAUGAUAUAUCUCACUCUUGCAGUCUCUUUUGGACUAAUUUUAUUGUAAGUCAUUUUGAUCUAUGUAAUCUUUUUACCCAUGUACUAGAUAAUUCGAUAAUCGUUUUUCUUUCUGAAAAAAUAAGAAAAGCCAAAAUUUUUUGGGGAAUAGAAUUUAUUAAAAGAACUAAACAAAUUUCAAGAAAUUAUGAAAAAAUAAAGUCGUCUUAAAAAGAAUUCUAUAGAUAACAGUAAUGUGCUCAUGCAAUUCAAAGCAUAGUUUGAUACCUUGUUCGAUAGAGUUCUAGCAUAAAGAAAGAACAUUAAUCCUUAAUGUUAAAUACUUCAAUAAUUUAAAUACCCUCGAUAAAGUGUUCAUCAUGCAUUAGACAUCCACCAAAUUCUGAAGGAAGACAAAAUUUUGGAUAACUAUUAUGAAUAGUAGACAAGCAAUCCAAGAAAAAAUUUUUAGAGAAGAACCUUUAGUUUUAGAGUUGAAUCAAGUUGA